CUGUGAGUUACAGAAGACAGAAUAAGAAGUGUGAGUGAGGGAGUUUGUCACAACCGGUAGCAAUCCCUUUGCAAGCAAAUGAAUUCCGAGCAACGAGUUUUGCUUCCCUCCUCCUUCCUCCAGUCCUUUCGUCCUGCCUGGAGCUGCCAUGGAAACGGAAUAAAGCCUCUUGCACUGAGUACAGUGUGGUGUGCAGGCUUAAUGCACAAGCAAAGGAGAGGGUCUGGGAGAGGAAGAUCCUUGCAGACGGGAGAGAAAAGAGCAGAGGUUGUGCAUGAAGAGUUCUAGAACCGCCUGCAGUGAUGUUUAACCUGACAGAAGUGACCUUCGUCGGUGAUACCCACACUCGGUUCCAGACUCUAAAGCCUUGGUGGGAUGUCCUGAUGGACUACUUGGUAGUAGCGAUGCUGAUGGUCUCUCUCCUCUCAGGUACUCUGCUGAUUUCUGUUGACCAUAUGACCUGCUUGCCUCUGAAUUACAAGCUAAAUGAGACCACAGCAGCUAUGCUCAAGCCUGGAGCUAUGGACAGUGCCACCAGUGAAGAGUUUUCUACUGAGAACAGUGGACGCCCAAUCAACCUUGACUACCAGCAGUACCUGUACAUAAACCAUGUCUGCUAUCAGAAUGCUUUGCCUUGGUUCUCCAAGUAUUUUCCUUACCUAGCACUUGUCAACUCACUGAUUUUAAUGGCAAGCAGCAACUUCUGGUUCAGGUACCCUAAGACGUCCUCAAAGAUCGAACACUUCUUAUCCAUCCUCAUGAAAUGCUUCGAGUCCCCUUGGACCAUCAAGGCCGUCUCUGAAAUGGUCUGCCAGAAUUCCCUAGACCUACCCAAAACCAUGGAUACUAGAGGGUGUCAAGAACAAUUUAUUUCCCCUUCAUCCUCUCCUAUCCUUGACUGGAAGGAGAGGGAGCAGGGCCGGGCGCUCUUUGAGAAGAUCUGCAGAUUCAGGGCACAUGCUGAAGGUGCCAGCUUGAUUUAUAUGGUCUACAUGGGACAAACAAUCUUCAAAGUUGCCAAGAUCCUAACUGUGCUGGGCUACACCUCCAACUGCAUAGGAGCCAUCUCCUUUGAACAUGUUUGCUGGCUGGACACAGAGAACCUCACCGGCUACUCUGUUUUCCUCUGUAACCACAGCUUGGCUUUCAUUCUGCAGAAGUUGAUGGUGACCUACCUGUUCUUGGUAUUCCUCUAUGGGGUGGUGGGGGCUUACCCACUGGUGUGGCUGCUGCGGCAGCCGCUGCAGAAGUAUUCCUUUAAGCAAAUGCGAGAAGACAGUCACUUUCUUGGCAUCCCAGAUGUCUACAACGACUUUGCUUUCCUCCUGCACAUGGCUGAUCAGUGCGACCAACUAUACUCCUGGCGGUUUGCCAUCUUCCUCUCAGCCAUGAGCAAGAGCUCUUUGCUGGAUGUGGGCCUUGAACACAAGGCAAGUAUUGAAGGGCUGCAGCUGCAUGUGCAUUGA